AUGGAAUGUUCAAACAAAGAAAAUGGUACAACACAACAACCUGAAAAGUUAGAAAACAACACAGCAGAGUGUGAAAGCAUGAAUAACAAUAAUCUGUCUAGUGAAGAUAACAAAACAAUAGUAACAUCUCAAAAACGAAAAGAACAAGAAAAUGUAAAAGAAGAAGAAGAUAAACAACAACAGCAAAAUAAGAAAUUAAAGAACAAUAACAAUAAGAGCAAUAACAAAAACACUAACAACAACAAAAACAAUAAUAAUAAUAAUAGUAGUAAGAAUAACAACAAUAACAAUAAUAAGAGUAAUAAAAAUGAAAAUAAUAAUAAUAAUAAUAAUAAUAAUAACAAGUCAGGAGGUGCUGUUGGAAGAAAUGGCGCUCUCAUUUAUGGAAAUUACAGAGGAUACUAUUCAUACAGAAACUUAAAGGAACAAGAAGAUCCAAGAUUCAAAUUGUUAACCAAAGAUCUUUUCUAUCAAAAGAUUUGUCUUGAUAUUGGUUGUAAUAGUGGUUCUGUUACUUUGAAAAUUGCAUCGGAUUAUGAAUGUGAGCAUAUCAAAGGUAUUGAUAUCGAUCACCAAUUGAUUAGAGAUGCAGUUAAGAAUCUAAAGUCAUUACAGAAUUCACUUUUGAAAGAGAAAUCAAAUAGUAGUUCUACAACAACAACAGCAACCGCAGCAACUACUACUACUUCUACCACAGAAAAGACAACAGAUCAAUCAAUAACAAAGGAAUCAUCAGAGACAACAGCAACAACUACUACUACUACGACUCAGCAAGGUGUUUCAAAUGAUAAGCCAACAGAACAACAACAACCAAAUGAAACAACAACAACAACAACAUCAUCAUCAGCAUUAACAACCACAACUACAAAUAAUAAUAAUAAUAAUAAUAAUAAUAAUAAUAACGAGGAUGAUGAAGAUUUCAUACCGAUUUCAUUUAAAUAUCUAAAGACACCGAUUAUCAAGGAAACUAAAUUCCCAAACAACGUAUCAUUCUUUCAUCACAACUUUAUGUCUGAUUCAUCGUUUGACAGAGAGGAAGCGUACGAUGUAAUAUUGGCACUCAGUAUAUCGAAAUGGAUUCACCUCAAUUGGGGAGACGAAGGAAUAAAGAGUUUCUUUAAAAAGAUACACAAAAUGUUGAAACCAGGUGGUAUUUUCAUAUUGGAACCACAAGAAUUCAAAGGUUAUCACAGAAGAAAGUAUCUUUCAGAGAAAAUGACAAAGAUUUAUUCAGAGAUUAAGUUUAAACCCAAUCAAUUUAUAGAAUAUCUAACUAAUGAAGUUGGAUACAAAUUGGUUGAUUCUCUUUUGCCACAAUCGGAUUCACUUGCCAAAGGAUUCAAAAGAAAUAUAUAUAAACUAGUUAAAUAA